GUGAAUUGUUGAGCUAAAAAGAGUUCUGCUUAUUUAUGAUACCUGCUAUUUUGACCAUUACAGUUUAUUUUCAGAAACGAGCCGUUGUAGGAGAGUGUUUGAGAUUAUAGAAUAUAAACAUUGCUCCCGAAUUUAACAGGUUAAAUGGUGUAGGUGUUUAUGAUAGAAGAACUGCUUAACAUCUUCAAAUAAAUUUUAUUUCAUCAAGUUUUCCAGCGGUUAGACAAUUACCAUUUAUUUUUUACAGUGAUAUAGAACAACAACGUGCCCGUGCGUGUCCAUUUCAGAAAAUUGAUUUAUUUCGUUUAUUAAUCUCGUGAGGUAAGAGUGAAAUUGUAACGGCAAAUUCAAAAUGACACUAGUGACAAAAAAGUAGUGGUGAGUGGUGUGUAGUUCGCGAAUGUACUAGUUCAGUCCAACAAUUGUUAUGAACUAAGUGAACUAGUUCAUCAUUCCACGAAAAUCUCUAUUCACUUCGAACGACUGAUGACUUGACUUGAUGAUGCCGCAGGGGUAUUAUAGAAAAAAACUUGAAAAACGACAAAAUGUCAUCUUGCAAAUUAAAGGUAGUUUUUAGUGAAAUAGUUCGUUCCACGUGUGCUCGGUAUAGUCUCUGUAGGCGUCAUCAAAAGCGUUCAUCUAUGGAAGAAUGAUUCAACGACAUGCCACGCUCAUACAUGCAUUACUGGUUGCAGAAAACCAAGUAGUGUUCAUGAGGUACAUACAUAUAGAACAGGAGGAGGAGGAAGCGAUCAGCAUCGACCAGGAGCUGUUCAACGAUUACAGAUUCUCUGUGGAUCAGCUCAUUGAACUGGCCGGGCUUAGCUGUGCUACAGCCAUUGCAAAGACGUACUCAAUGGAGAAAGUUGGAAACAAAUCUAUAUUAGUAAUCUGCGGUCCCGGCAACAACGGCGGCGACGGCCUAGUGUGCGCGCGCCAUUUGAAGGUGUUGGGUUACAAGUCGGUGAUUUACUAUCCGGUACGCACCGAGAAGCAGCUCUACAACAGCCUGACCACUCAGUGCACGAACAUGGCGGUGCCUUUCUUGCAAAUGCUGCCCGAACUGUCGACGGUCGAAUGCACGUUCGCGCUGAUCGUCGACGCCGUGUUCGGGUUCAGCAGCUUCAAACCGCCGGUGAGGGAGGCGUUCGUCGCAAGCAUCGAUCUCAUGAAGAAGGCUACGGUGCCUGUUGUCAGGUAUGUGACGGCGAUGAGGUUCCAAUGCAUAGACCACUCAAGUCACAUGAGGAAAAAUGUUGAGGAAACAUAAAAAACAUUUUUGAUUUAAAUUUUUUGUUGUCAUUUGCAUAAUUUCUUAAAUAUAUCAAUCUGUAAGUAAACAAAAUGAAUGAGUUAUGAUGGAAAGAUUAAUGGACUUGACUGGUGUAACAAGU